UCAUAAAAUUGGAGGAACAUCAUCUCCCUCUCUAAAUUAAUUAAUCAUAUGAGGCCCAAAUCCCACCACCGCAAGGCUGCCGUCGCCGCCUUCCUCGCCGCUGCCCUCAAGCCCGCCGCUUAUUUCCUCAUCCUCUUGCUAACCUACACUCUCGGUUACCUAUCAUCCUCACCCUCUUCCACGUCAUACUCCCCAUCCACUCCUCCUCCUCCUAUUAUAACCCCUUCUUAUUCAACCCCUCAAUUCAUCCAACUCACCGACACCCCGACAGAAAUCCACCAAUUCCGAAUCAGAAACCGCUGUUCCCCUGCCCUCCCUCACCCACAGGUCCGUUUAGCAGUCCUCCAAAAGGUCUUCAACGGAAAAUCCCCAUUCCUCAAUUUCCCUCCGCCGCACGUGGCAGAGCUUCUCCACCCGAAGAAGAUCAAGGGGUGGGGCUCAACCGGUGCCGUUUUUGAGAAUCUUGUGAGACAAGUAAAGCCACGGACUAUAAUCGAGGUGGGUUCGUUUUUGGGAGCCUCGGCGACUCACAUGGCUAACUUGACUCGCCAACUCGGCCUGGACACUCAGAUUCUAUGCGUUGAUGAUUUUCGCGGCUGGCCCGGUUUUCUCGACCGGUUCAAGGACUUAUGGAUGAUAAACGGCGACGUUUCUUUACUCUACCAGUUCAUGCAAAACGUGGUUGCUAUGAACGCGUCCGAUUCGGUUAUCCCCUUGCCGUUCUCGACCGGUUCGGUUCUUGAUAGCUUGUGCGAGUGGGGGGUUUAUGGGGACUUGAUUGAAGUGGAUGCGGGUCACGACUUUAACUCGGCCUGGUCCGAUAUAAACCGGGCUUACCGGAUCCUCAGACCGGGAGGGGUUUUGUUCGGCCAUGACUAUUUUACUGCUGCGGAUAAUCGAGGUGUAAGACGGGCAGUUAAUUUGUUUGCCCAAAUCAAUGGCUUCAAAGUCAAAGUGGAUGGUCAACACUGGGUUCUUGUCUCUCAUUAAUCUUCUGCCACGUGUUCCUUUUUUGUGUGUACAAAAUUUGGCGUUUGAAAGGUCAUAAUUGUAAUUUGAAAUUAUGGGCUCAGGCUGU